AUGGUUGGUUUCUUUCUGUUCGCGAUACUCUACAAGCGUUUUCGCCCGACAAACGAGGCUCUCAUAGCUUUCAAAUCACCUUCGAGUCUCCAGAACUAUCUUGACAUCAUCAACAGACUAGAAUUCUAUGGGAUGAAGAUUAAAGCCCAACCUGAAAUCCCUGGCAGUGGUAGUGACUUGACGCGGUUGUCCCGGUCUAGAGGGCAUAGAGGCAGGAAAGAAGCGGCGGAGCGGGGUGUUUGGGAUGGUGACGGACCGAACGCAGGAGUUCGUGGUUUGAACAUUGGGCGAGCUGUGACGAUUUGGGGGUUUCCCGGGAAGGCUACAGUGUCGGCUGUGGAGAAGUUUAUGGAGAAUUAUGCGGUGUCCAGAGCCAAGGUUGGCGACACAGACGAGGCUAUGAUCUACAAAUUCCCCUUGUAA